AUGGCGACAAGCGCGAAGAAAGUUCUUUCCAAAAUUCGCCAAAUAAAUAAAAUCACUGAAGGAACGCUUUACGUUGUGAAUAGAAACCCCAGAAAUCUCGAACGUUUGCGACUAGCAUACAAAACAGAUGGCUAUCAUCUAGAAAGACCCGUUAGAAAAUUUUGGCACAGGUUGGAAUUGAAUGCGAGCAACAAAUAUGUUACCGCUAAAUUGAUUCACUUUGAAAACGGUACCGUUGUCGAAUGUAGCACCACGGAAUGGGCUUUAAAACGUCAGCUUUACAAAGGGAAUGACUUUACAGCGUACAGCACGCUGGGAAAGACCUUUGCCUCGCGCUGUCUGGAUGCUGGACUGAUCGAAAUGCGAUGUGAUCUUAAACCGACAGCUAGUGUGAAGGUAGACGCAUUUCUCCGUGCCGUAGAAGAGAGCGGAAUUCGGUUACAAGAACCGGAGCGUAUUCGUCCAACUUACUCGUGGGACAUGGAACGACCAGAAAAGCCAUGGGAAGUGACAGAGUAA